CCUCACCUCAAACCUUGUUCACGCCUCAUCCUCCAUCCUCUUUCUUCAUGAACCAAAUGUCAAAAGGGUAGAAAAGUCCAGAUUAAGCCAACAUCAUCUAUUGCUCUUGCCAUUGAUUACCCGGGGAGUGGCCGAUUUCUUCUCGUAGGCACCAUACAACCAAAUCUUCUCUUUGCUCUAACUGGGAAUCGUUUCAUUUAAUUUUCUUCCUGAUUCAGAGUCAAAGAUUUUUGAAGAACAAUCAAUCACAAAAUGUUGAAGAGAGCCUUCGUCGGCGCCGUCGGUGUUGCCGCCGCGCUCCGUCACCCCUGUCUGUCGGCAACUCGGCAUGCAGGGACCCUCUCUUCCGCCGUGAAUUCCAUGCUUCUCCGCUCACUUAAGGAUCACUAUCUUGAAGUGGCCAAAAUGACUAUGCCUCCUAAAGUAGCUCCUCCUGAUGCAUUCUCUGUUGUGAAAGGCGCGCUUGAUUCUGAAGGUCCGGUCCUCAAACGAAAAUAUGGCGACGAAGAAAUCAGUAUUUACGUAACGCGAUUGCUUAGUGGAAUGGAUGACGAGAGCAGUGGGAUUGAUCAGUUGUUCCUUCAUGUGGAUGUGUCCAAACCCGGUCAGAACGAAUCAUUGAUUUUCCUAUGUGGAUUGUAUGAGGAUGCUUUGGGAAUUCACUCUGUUUCAAUGAGGCCAAAGGACCCGAAGACUGGGUACCUUGUUCUUCCAACUCAAUACAUUGGGCCUAAUUUUGAGUUGAAGAAGCUUAUGAUGGUGCAUAUCUGUCAUCAAUUGGUGAAGCAAGAUGUCCUUUCUUAUAACACGAAUCAAGUAAAGACAUUUGUUGUUCAUGCCUUUUGGGGGAUGCCGAAAUACAAUUGAGCUGAAAUUGAGUGAUUGCGUUGGACAUGUUGCUAAAUGGUUUCAUGGCAUGCCGGAGGUUUAGCUGCACAAAUGAAAUUGCCUUCAUUGAAAUUAUGUAACAUUCUGGUCAAAAAAAUGAUGAGCAUGAUGAUCCCCUAUGUUUUGUUGGUGUAAUGAAAUAGCUACCGAUAAUGUUUAUUUGUUUAUGAUUAAAAAUACAUUGCGGAAAAAAGGGAAAAAAAAAAUGCCCGCUGAACUCUGUUGGAAAAUACAAACAAUCUGGCUGUUCUGUAA